AUGUUACGGUCACCAUCAGGCCACGCCCCCUCGCGCGUUGGUGAUGGAGAAGAAGAGGAGGACAGUUGGGUUGAGGAGAUGGCUAGGUGAAGGGGACCAUAGGUCCCUUUUCUGAUUAAGUUUCAUUAGUACAAUAUUUUAUCUUUAUAUCUAAUCAUUGUAAUUAUCUUUAUCCUUAUCUAUAAUAAACUAUGCUCAAAUAAAAGAACUCGUGGUUUAAUCUUAUAACUUUAGGAAUAACUUUAGGGAAAUCAAUAUAAUAUAUGCCCGACCUCCUCUAGCUAAGCUAGAGGGGUCGCGGCGUAUAACGUAAUAGAAGAUCGCAAAACUAUCAAAAUAAUCAUUAUCAUCAUCAUCAUAAUCAAUUCAAUAGAAAUAUUGUUAUGAGUCCAAUUCGAGAAAAUAGUGGAAAGAAGGAAUCUAGAAGAUCGGAAGAAAGAUCGGAUAAAAAGAGAAGAUCUGAAACACCAGCGAAAUAUGCAGAGAAAAAUGAAUAUAGAAAAUCGGAUAGAGAAGUUAGCAAAAGUCAUCACGAGGAUAGAAAUUAUGGAGAUUCGAAAAGAAGAGAGGAAAAUAAAAGACGACGAGAUCCUUCAGAAUCUGAUAAUGUUUACGGGAAAACCCGCAAAUAUAACGAGGAUUCGAGACGAGAAACAUAUUCGCAACAAAAACAUCGAGAAGAUGAGAAACCUCGGAAACGACAAGAUUCUGAAUCAAAUCAUGAUCACAAGAAAUAUGAGAGAAAAAGUGAAGAUGUUAGGAGAAAUCGAGAUUCGGUGAAACCAGAAAAGAGAAAGCAAGAUGAGUCGAGAUCCGAAAAACAUAAGGAUGUUGAUCGAAAAACUGAUGCUUCGAGAAGACAUUCUGAAGUGGAAAAACAACCAAGAAGACAUCGAGAUUCUGAAACAAGUGGAAGAAGUAAUGAAAAUAACAAGAGACAUGAUGAAGAAAGAAAGAGAGUUAGAGAUUCGGAAACCAAGAAAAAAGAUUCAAGAGAAGAAAAAUACUCAGAAAAGAAUAGAGAGAAGGAAUCAAGAACUCAUCAUGAAGAAUCGAAAAGAGAUUUGAAAGAAGAGAGGAAUUCUGAGAAAUAUAGAGGCAAAGAAUCUAGAAGUUAUCACGAGGAAUCGAAAAAAGAUGAUUUGAAAAGAUCUCGAGAAUCAUCAACCCGCCAGAAAAUUGACAACACUAGACAAUCCCGUAGCAGAACACCUAAAACAACAAGAAAUUCGGAAAAGAACCCCGAAAAACCUGAAGAAGUAGCUGAACCUCCAAAAAGACCACGAAUCAAAGCACCAACUCCAAGUCCAAGUCCGCAAAAAUUGAAAAAAAGAAAAGAAGGAGAAAAAAGAGAAGAAAGAAAAAAAGAAGGAAAAGAAACAUAAGAGCAAGAAGAGUAAGAAGAGCAAAAGGUGAGCAUUUUUGAAUAAAGUUUAUUCCUGACAUGCAAAAAAAUAUAUUCAGACAUUCUGACACCGAAGUUGAGGAAGAUGGAGAUGAUGCUGUUGAUGAAUGGUUGAGAAGUUCAGAAUCACCUGAUAGAAAUGCACAAAAUGGAGGUGAGCAUUUUCUUCUUCUUCCUCUUCCUCAAAAAAAACGAGAUUUUUUCAGCAAAAAUGCAACCUGUUACUUGA